AUGGAUAUCCUUCAGCGCCUCGCUCGUUUCCUCGACCGGCCAUUGUUUCCCUGGAAGAAGCUCAUCGUCGGCUUCUCCAUCGGGCAAUUCGUUUUCGAGAGUUUCCUCUCUCUGCGACAGUAUCAGGUCCUGAAACAGACUCGUCCGCCCAAAGUGCUCAAGAACGAGGUCUCGCAAGAAGUGUUCGACAAAAGUCAGGCAUACGGGCGAGCGAAGGCAAAGUACGGUUUCAUCAGCGGUCUCUAUGGUCAAAUCCAAAAUACGGCAUUCAUCUACUUCGACGUUCUCCCGAAACUCUGGAGCCUAACUGGAUCAUGGCUUCUCUCAUACGCUCCGGCUCGCUUCAGCGGCGAGAUAUCUCACUCGAUCGUCUUUGUCCUCAGCUUUAUAGUCAUACAGCAAAUCAUCUCGCUCCCAACAUCGAUUUACCAUACUUUCGUUUUGGAAGAGAAAUUCGGAUUUAACAAGCAGACGCCUAAGCUCUUCAUCACCGAUAUGUUGAAGUCGCAGAUGUUGACUUUUGUCCUGGCUCCUCCCAUCCUCGCCGGAUUCUUGUCCAUUGUCCAGAAGACAGGCAACCAGUUCUUCUACUACCUCUGGCUAUUUGGUGCAGGUCUACAGGUCUUUAUGAUUACAGUUUAUCCGAUUGCCAUCUUGCCAUUGUUCAACAAGCUUUCCCCUCUGCAACCUGGUGACUUGAAGGACGGUGUUGAGGCACUGGCUGAGCGGUUGAAGUUCCCUCUUCACGAACUCUAUGUUAUUGAUGGAAGCAAGAGAAGUGCACACAGCAACGCAUAUUUCUUUGGCUUGCCCUGGAAAAAGCACAUCGUCAUCUACGACACUCUGAUCGAGAAGAGCGAGACACAAGAGGUCGUUGCGGUUCUCGCACACGAACUCGGCCACUGGAGCUUGGGACAUACCACAAAAUUGUUUGGAAUUUCACAAGCUCAUUUCUUCUACAUCUUCGCUCUUUUCUCUGUAUUUAUUAACAACCGCUCCCUCUACGAAUCCUUCGGUUUCCACAACCAAUUCCCUAUCAUAAUCGGCUUCAUCCUCUUUUCCGAUGCUCUCGCACCAAUGGACACAGUCAUCAAGCUCCUGAUGAACAUCCUCAGCAGAAAAUUCGAAUUUGAAGCUGACGAAUUCGCACAAAAUCUGGGCUACUCGACCGAGCUUGCCCGCUCUUUGAUCAAGCUUCAGAUCCAAAAUCUAAGCACAAUGGAUGCUGAUUGGAUAUAUGCAAGCUACCAUUUCUCCCACCCAAUUUUAUCGGAGAGACUUGGUGCUCUAGGAUGGAUCGAUGAAAAGGCCGUCGUUCCAGAGGAGAAGGCGAAGGCGACGAAGGCCAGCGGGAGAGAUGAAUUGUAG